GAAACGCGUAAGGCCAAGGCCAGCGGACUUCCGCCUCCUGAGCCUUCCGCGCCAGCUGCUGUUCCAGCUAGUACGAAGCACUCGACGCCUGCACAAAAAACCGACUACAAAGAGGCUAUGAUUCAGGUUCGUCUUCCUUCCGGUCAAGCAGUUCGCCAGAGUUUCGGAGCAUCUGAACCGCUAUCUGCUGUGCGGCUUUGGUUGGAGAUAAAUCACUCGAAUGGGGCGCCCUUUUCGCUUCUUAUGCCGUUUCCUCGUAAAAUGAUGACCGACGAGGAUUAUGACAAACCACUGAAGGAACUUGGACUUGUGCCUUCUGCUAAUUUCGUGAUGACUCCCUGA